AUGAUUGUUGCUGGUAUUAUUAUAUCAAUACUUGGUCUAAUUGGAAAUAUUUUAAAUAUUUUUGUUUUUACCAAUUGGUCUCGAUCUCGACCAAAAACAAAUCAACAACGUAUAAUAAGUCGAACAAGUAAUAGUCCAUUGUAUCUAUUAAUUUCUUCAAUAGCUAAUAUAAUUGUUAUUGCCUACCCAUUAUGCACUCGAAUAUUAUCUGAUGGUUAUGAAUAUCCAGUUACACAAAACAAUAUGUUUUUUUUAUGUCAAUUACGAUAUUAUACUUUGCAUACAUUUGAUAUGAUCUCUUUGUCAUGUCUAUGUAUGGCAAUAUUAGAUCGAUAUUUAGUAUCAUCACGUGAAGCUCGUUUAAGACAAUUAAGUACAACAAGACAACAAACAAAAAUAAUUAUUUUAUCUAUUGUUUGUUUAAUUGGAUUACAUAGUAUACCCAUUGCUAUUUAUUAUAAUAUUUCAACGUCUGGUCAAUGUAUUAUUUAUUCGACUAGUUAUUUAUAUUAUUAUCGAUAUAUAAUUCAAAUAUUUCUUCAUGGUAUAAUACCAAUAAUUUUCUUUUCUAUAUUUGGUUUUUUAAUAUUUAAACAAUUAAAAAUGAUAAAAAAUCAACAAAAUAUUAAUAAAAAUUUAAAUGUCGAUAAACAAUUAUCACGAAUGCUUUUAUUAAUGUCUACUACUAUUGUAAUAUCAACUAUACCAUAUUCUGCUGAAAAUAUUUAUUAUUUAAUAUUUAUAGAUAGUAAUCAACAACAAACAUCAUAUGUUUCUUUUUUUCAUGUUAUAUCUUCACUAUUAUUUUAUACAAAUUCAAUAUGUAGUUUUUAUGUCUAUUAUAUUUCAACACCAAAUUUUCGUGUUCAAGUAAAAAAAACAAUUUUUUGUAAAAAAGACUUAAAUAGAUUUAUGAAUAAUCGAGUCAAUACAAUAACUACUGGACAAUAA